UGGAAGGGGGAGCUACAAGCGCAGCAAGUGAUGAAGCUGUUUGCCUGCCUGGCAGAAGGACCUCUCGAAAGUCAAAGCUCUACUAGACUACUCUCUAGUCUAGCUUCACUGUCUUUCCGGCACGGGAUACGUGUGUAGUGGGUCGAAUCUACUUGAUCACACCCAGCCAACCAGAGAUUUCUGCGUCCCUAUUUUCAGACUUGUGACUGUGUAGACUAGGUAGACAGUAGAAUAGAAGAAGUAUUUACAGAACGGGACUUAGUGACCAUGAGUGUGGAGAAGGCCCUCGCCCAUUUGCAGUCGGGCCUUUCCGCCAUGAGCGGUGGACACUCGCGUGCUUUCCAGAACCUGAUACGCGCCAUUGGAGAAGCCAAAACGCGAGAUGAAGAAGAUCGUAUUAUGCGGCGGGAAGUUCAGGCUCUCAAGGAGCUCUGCGCACACCCUGACCUGAAUCCUAAACAGCGCAAAGAAGUUCUCGUUCGCCUGCUGUACUGUGAGAUGCUGGGCCAUGACGUAUCCUUUGGUCACAUCCAUGCUGUAAAAUUUGCACAGCAGACGACAUUGGUGGAGAAACGUGUUGGUUACUUGGCCACGUCUUUGUUCUUGCACGAGAACCAUGAACUGACCCUUCUGUUGGUGAACUCUCUACAGCGGGAUCUGGAAAGUACGAACAUUCUGAUAGUGUGCUCUGCAAUGACGGUGAUCAGCAAAGUGAUUGGCAGUGACAUGGUGCCAGUAUUCGUACCCUUGAUCAAGAAGAAGCUCACACACCAGCGCGAGAUAGUGCGCAAGAAGGCGGUGAUGACACUGCACCGCAUCUGGUGCAUGGCGCCCACGCAGCUCAGUGACAUCCAGGACAUUUGCCGUCAGGUGCUGUGCGACCGUGAUCCUGGCGUCAUGGCUGCUUGCCUGCACAUCUUCCAUGACCUGAUCUGCGAAGCACCGGAAGAGAACACUGAUCUAACUUCGUCAUUUGUCAGCAUUCUGAAGCAAAUUGUAGAAGGCCGCCUGCCGCAUGAGUUUGACUACCACAACAUGCCUUCGCCAUGGACACAAAUGAAGCUUCUCCGCAUCUUAGCCAUGCUGGGCGCUGAUGAUCUCAAAGCAAGCGAGAUGAUGUAUGAAGUGCUCAGCUUGACGUUGACAAGAGCUGACACUGGCAACCCGAUUGGAUAUUCCGUUACUUACGAAGUGAUCCGAACCAUCACGUCCAUCUACCCCAACUCUCAGCUUGUCGAGAAAGCAGCCAAGUCGCUGUCUCGCUUCUUGACGUCGACGAACAACAACUACAAGUACUUUGGUAUCACAUUGCUUGCUUCUAUAGUUCAGGUCGAUCCCAAGUAUGCUGCCGAUCAUCAGAUGGUUGUGAUCAACUGUCUUGAUGAUCCGGAUGAGACGCUGAAGAGGAAGACUCUUGAUCUUCUCUACCACAUGACCAAUCCACACAAUGUUGAAGUGAUCUGCGAGAGACUAGUCUCCUACCUCAGGAGCACUGUUGAUGAUUUCUUCCGUGCUGAUCUGGUGGCCCGUGUCACUGAACUUGCUGAAAAGUUUGCUCCCAACAACUCUUGGUUCAUGCAAACAAUGAACGCCGUGUUUGAGCUUGGCGGUUCAUUGGUACGGCCUGAGGUGGCACACAACCUCAUGCGCUUGUUGGCAGAAGGCACUGAAGACGAGGAUCAGGACUUGGAGCUGCGAUUGUACGCUGUGGAGUCCUACAUGGAACUAACCGACCACCUCAUCCUGCCCAACAUCUUGGUCAAGAUCAUGUGCUGGGUUCUCGGGGAGUACUCCUAUCUAAGUGAGGACUAUUCCGCCAAGGAUGUGCUCACUGCCCUCUGCAAGCUUCUGGACAGGCAGUAUGAAUCCAAUGCUGAAACGCAUGGUUGGAUAGUAUCGGCCAUCUCCAAGAUUGUAAGCCAGCAGAAUCAACUACCAGGCGAAGUGUGGGCACGUGUCUCGAAGUUCCUGUCAUCCGCGUCCACUGAUCUACAGCAGCGCUGCUACGAGAUGAAGCUAUUAUCAGCACAACCAGCUCUGAUGCAGGAGGUCCUACCAACUGAUGCAAGCUGUGAAGACCUGGAAGUGGAUGGGAGCUUGUCCUUCCUGGAUGACAUUGUAUCUGACGCUAUGGCUCGGGGCUGUCCUACUUACAAACCAGCUAGCCAGCGUAAAUCUGCUUUCAAGCCACCUGAUGAAGAAGAGCCGCAAGAAGACAGUGGCCGUGUAGCUGGCCUGAACGUCACUCCCUACGCCGCGCCCCAGCAGUCGGCCGCUGCAUCUGCUCUGUUCCGUGGAUUGGCCGCCUCACCAGCUGCUCCCUCCAGUGCUUCUGCCGGUGAGGAAGCAUCAUCACAUGCAGUGGUCAGCACGGUGGGUCAGUCGACAACAGCUGAGAGCACGGGUAGUGGUGAUGACAGUCGUUCAGACGGUGCUAGUAGCGCCGGCGCCAGGUCAUCACCGCAAGUCACUAGGCAAACCCAAUCUGGCUUGGAAGUUGCUGGCCCACGCCUGUGGGGACGUGGAGGCUAUGCCAAGAAGCAGACAGCUGUACCGGAGUCAUCACCAUCAGCUGCUGCUGCUGCUGCUGAUGCAAGUGUGGCUGAACCGACAUCUUCUGGUGAUAGUCUUCAGACUGAUGGAGGCUUUGCCUCACCCAGAUCACCUGGUCAAUUCGGUGCUACUGGCAAGUCUGCUGCAUCUGUUGAACCGACCUCCGCUGAUUCCGAAGGUGGCGUUCCACUCACUGAAGAGGAGAGAAGCAAGCGUGAGCUGGCUGGUGCCAUAUUUGGGACUUCCAGUGCUGGCCGCGGUGCCGGUAUCCUAACGGGCAAGGGCAAGAGUCGGGCUCAGAAACGCCGCCAGCAACAGCAAGCAGCCAAUGCCAGUAGUAACACAUCAGCUCUGUCACAAUCCAAUGUGGCAGCCAUGAAUGCCAGUUCAGCCUCGCCAUCAGCUCAGCAUGUUGCUGAUGGUAAUGCUGGUGGAAGUUCUCUGCUAGAUUUGGAUAUGUUCUCUUCUGCUACUGGUACCAGUCAUGGCAAUGAUUCUGUCGUGCCUGCAGCUGCCAGUCAGAACCAAGGUGGAAGCUCUGCUGCAGUUGACCUGCUGGACUUGGACUGGGGCGGUGUAGCAUCCGGUGGCACUGCCAACGCCUCGACUGGUUCCGGUGCAGCCAGUGUGGGCGCUACACAAUUGAUGAUGAGUCCCAGUCCUGCUGCUUCUGCUGAUCUCAUGCAAGCUGCACCGGCUGCUCAAAAUGGAUUAGUUAAUCUUCUUGACGGUAUGGAGAUCUCACAGCCGUCCACUUCACCUGCACCAGCUGCAGUAGAUAUUGGUGCAGCAACAUCGCAACCACCCAUGCAACCAGCACUGUCACAGUCUAGCAAUGCGGCGCCGGACACCUCAUCGCCUAGUUUCUCAUUUUUAGCACAGGAACCUUCACAAGACUUGCCAGCACCUCUCACAGCGACUCCGAACACGAACCAGCUGCCUGCGAGCCUGCAAGCGUUUCCUCACAAUAGUAUUCGGGAGGAUCUAUGUGCUGAUGAUUCAGUUCGGCUGGCGGUGCAGCGUGUGUGGCGACCUGGUGCUGCCGUGUUUGUCUUUUACGUGACAAACAGCAAGCAAACAAAUGUGGAUGGUGUCAAAUUCCAGAUUCAACCGCCGUCUGCAUUUCAGGCCGAAUAUGUUGACUCGUCUCCCGGUGUUUCUGGCUGGUCCGGUGUCACAGUCGCAGCAAGCCAAACGGCGUGCUUCGUUCUCAACGUGUCCGGCAAGACGGUCGCGAAAACGAUGGUGAUGAAAGGCGAGCUGGCGUACCAAGCAGGUGCUGCCACGGCGGCCAAGCGGCAGAUCUUCAGCAUGAACAUCCUCCUGUCGGAUUUGUUGCGGCCACUUGAAGUGACGACGAAUGAGUUUGGUGGCCGCUGGGGCUCAACAUCUCACGAGAGCAAGACAAAGCUGUCCACAAGCAUUCCCGACCUACCCAGCUUUAUGGAGAGAGUCCAGAACCGUAUCCGCAUUCAUCCUGUUCAGAUCAUAGGUAACGAGGCCAUUGCUGCUGGAACCAUCCUGGGCAAUCCAGGCACCCACUGCCUGGUACACUCCAAGCUUGUCAGUGGGCAGUUGGACUUGUGGGUACGCUCGGCCAGCAAUCUGCUGACAGAGUGCCUUGUUCAGUUUUCCUCCUCAUCUCUCAGGUCGUAAGAUGACUGUCUAAUGCGUGCUCCAUUGUCCGCACAAGACAUUCGUUUCUCCCCUUGUCUUCGUCCUAUAUGCGUUGUUAUAUUUUCUAAGUGUCCAUGAAAUCCAAGCUAGACAUUUGCACGUCAGCAUAACUCAUUCACUUUCACCCUCUAAGGCUCAAGGUCUCUCUACUGAGAUUAUCAUUUUACCCAUUUAAUAUAGUACGUCAAAUUAUUCCCUUUAUUAUUCACUGACUGUUACCAUCUUGUUUUCUUCGGACUUUUCUUCUGAUUGUCUUUUCACUGUGGAUUUCUCGAGGUAUGCACUGGCAAAACAACCCAGUCACUCACAAUUGUCUUGUACCAUACAGAGCCACUAACACAUGGUGUGCUGGUAGUGUAGGGUACAUAGUCAUAAGAUAUGGAAGGUUUGGUCCAGUUUUUUGUUCACUUGUACACUCUUUUAGAAUACUUUGCACGUGGCACGGCUCAGCAGAGUCUUAUUGGACCCGUCCCUCUGUGGAUCGGGUAGCUGUACAGGCAAGUCUAUUAUACGGCUUGGUUGUGUACAGUUUAGCACAGCUGUUUUGCUCUUCUUAUGUUCGUGGCUUUGUGCCGGCGCAUUGCCUUUAAAAUAUAGAAAUUUACUUCUUUUGUUUAAUAACAUCAGGUGCCAUGA